UUGCAAAAUUUUUUAGAAGUAAACAAGGCCCAGGCCUAACCAGCACCCGCCGGAGAUGCGAGAACUCACCUCGCUGUCGAGCUGGUGAGCGUGAGCCCCGCCGAGUCACAGGUCGCGCGCAAACACCCACCGCCCUCGUCUCUAUUCAUUGAGGUCGUCAGGCUCGGCGGGCAACACGCCAACACGCCAGGCAACACAGAGCAGCGACGCAGCGUAGAGCUGGGCAGACGGCAGAGCCCCGAGCCGAGCAGUUGGUUUGGUGGUGCGCCUUUACUGCCGCCCAGCCCGACCCGGGUUUAAUUGCCGGUCCGCCUGCCUCGCCCUCGCGCUCGCCUCCUUCGGAUGCCGCUCUACCGCGCGCGCCAGCCGCACUGACCGACCGGCUGGCCGAGCGACCAAGUCAGGCGGCUCAGCUACGCUACGCACGCACGCGCCACGGCCCGCGGCGACGCGAUGGGCGAGCGGAGGAGGCGCGCGAGCGCUGCUUCCUUCGGUGGCGGCGGUGGCGGUGGCGGCGGUGGUAGUGUGGUGCCCGCGCGUGCCGAGGAGGGCAAGGCCGCGGCGCCAGGGAAGGCGCCGCCUCCGACAGUGUGGUUCGCGCUCAAGCGGUCGCUGCACUGCCGCUCCGAGCCGUCGGAGGUCCACGUGCCGCGCGCCAAGGCCGCCGGACCCGUCGCCGCCGGAGGCGCGGCCGUCGGCGGCGGCGGCCACCUGUCGUCGAUUGUCACCACCAAGCGCGCCACGCGGUCGGGGUGCUCGCGCUCCAUCGCCAACCUCCGCGACGUGAUCCACGGGAGCAAGCGCCACCCGGGGCAGCCGCCCAGCAGCUGCAGCCCGCGGUCGAUCGGCAGCAGCGAGUUCCUCAACCCCAUCGCGCACGAGGUCGUGCUCAGCACCAACUCCCGCUGCGAGCUCAAGAUCACCGGCUUCGGCGCCGGCUGCGGGGGGCUGGCGGCCGUCGGGGUCGGAGGCGGGACCGGCGCCGGCGCAGGCGCAGGCGGCGCGCACGACGCGGAUUCCGGCGGCGUCGUGUCGUCGUUCGUCGGCACGCUCCGCCCCGGCACGCCGGGCCCCGCGUGGGCCGGAGCCGGAGGACACGGCCUGCCGUACAGCGGCUCCGUGCGGGGCGGCGGCGGCGUGCGCUGCACGCCGCCGAGGUCCCCGAACGUGCUGCUCGAGAGGAACGGCUCCGUGGUGAACGGGAACGGACACCGCGUCUCCUGCGACGAAACCGGCACCAAGCACGGCGCCGGCAAGGGCUCCGGCGGGCUCAGCUGCCACAGGUGCGGCGAGCAGUUCAGCAAGUGGGAGGCGCUGGAGGCGCACCACCUCUCCAAGCAUGCAGUGACGGAGCUGUUGGAAGGAGACUCGUCGCGGAAGAUCGUGGAGAUCAUCUGCCGGACGAGCCUGCUCAAGUCGGAGAGCAGCUGCGUCCGGAUCGAGCGGGUGUUCAAGGUGCACAACACGCAGCGGACGCUGUCCCGCUUCGAGGAGUACCGCGAGGCCGUGAAGCUCAAGGCGAGCAAGCUGCCCAAGAAGCACCCGCGCUGCCUCGCCGACGGCAACGAGCUGCUGCGCUUCCACGGCGCCACGCUCUCGUGCGCGCUCGGCGGUGCCGGCUCCGGCAACUCCAGCCUCUGCGCCUCCGACAAGUGCGCCGUGUGCCGCAUCAUCCGGCACGGCUUCUCCGCCAAGAAGGAAGGCAAGGCCGGCGUGGGCGUGUUCACCACGUCCACCAGCGGCCGCGCGUUCGAGUCCAUCGAGGCGGCCCCCGGCCCCGGCGCCGGGGACGACGGAGCGGACCAGCUGCAGCUGGGCACCACGACCACGCGUAAGGCGCUGCUGGUGUGCAGGGUCAUCGCCGGGCGCGUGCACAAGCCGCUGGACAACCUCAAGGAGUUCGUGGGGCAGACGGGCUUCGACUCGCUCGCCGGCAAGGUCGGCCCUUACUCCAACAUCGAGGAGCUGUACCUGCUGAACCCGAGGGCGCUGCUCCCGUGCUUCGUGGUCAUCUGCAAACCGUAGCCUACUGUACUAGUACUAGCUAAACACACCAUCUCAUUGUUAGUACCAGUAAUUAACCAUUCUUUUCUCCUUUCACCCUCUGUCUCUCUCUCCGUCGUGCGUUUCGAUUGCUACUCUGUUGUCUGAGCUACUACUAGUGUAACACAGCAUAGCUAUCGGAUGGGUUUGGGUCGGAUGUAUUUGUCCA